AUGUCAUCCAUCUACAAUCUCGAGCCGCAGCCGACCGCUUCGCUCAUCCUCCACACAACGCAAGGCGACCUGUCGGUCGAGCUUUUCGCGAAGCAGACGCCGCUCACUUCGAGGAACUUCCUCCAGCUUUGUCUCGAUGGCUACUACGACAACACAAUAUUCCACCGCUUGGUUCCCGGCUUCAUAAUACAAGGAGGCGACCCCACGGGGACAGGAAACGGAGGCGAGUCCAUCUACGAUGGCGGCGCAUAUAGCGGCGACCUAGAUCCAUGGCCGAUGGACCAACGUCGCGGGAAGAAUGCUGGGCCAACUGGUGUGAACUUCAAGGACGAGUUUCAUUCACGUUUAAAAUUCAACCGGAGGGGACUGCUGGGGAUGGCGAACGAAAGCAAGCCAGACACCAAUGCGAGUCAAUUCUUCUUCACCCUAGACAAGGCGGAGGAACUCAACAACAGAAAUACCAUGUUUGGGAGGGUGGUAGGAGACACUAUCUAUAACUUGGCUCGUAUGGGUGAGGCGGAGGUCGCGGAAGGAGGGGAGCGGCCUCUCUAUCCUGUUAAGAUCACAAGCGUCGAAAUACUAGUCAACCCUUUCGACGAUAUGAAACGGCAAGAGAGGGUGGUAAAGCACAGCCAACAAGCUCCCGUUGUAGAGAAGAGCAAAAGGACGAAGCCCAGAGCGGGGAAGAAGCUACUAAGCUUUGGCGACGACGACGGCGACGAGGUUGCGGUGGUCGUUAAGAAAGCGAAGUUCGACUCACGGAUUGUGAGGGACGUCGAUGAAGAGUCAACAUCUGUCGUUCGGGCGCCGAGGAAGAACGAUAAGAGGGAUGGUAAAGUGAACAAAGUAGCAGAACUAGGCCGCGAGUCUCGAAUCGAGGCGACAGGCGAAGCGGAGCCGACACCCCCGCUCCCACCGACGGAGAAGUUGUCGAUACCCAUUCAUGACAAACCUUCGGUGACAGAGGUGCCGAGGAAAAAAUCAGCGCUAGAGCAGGCAAACGAAGAGAUAGCGGCCUUGAAAGCAUCCAUGAAACGGACGAUCCAUUCCGAACCAAUCAGAGAGGUUAGGAAAACAGCCCUGGAGCAGCUGAUCCCGGAGACCUCCAUGCGCGGCCGGAAAAGGCGGAGGGGUGGCGAGGGGACCACGAAUACGGACUUGCUGAUGUUCGAGGCUUUCCGUUUGAGGCUUAGCCAGGCCGGACCGGAGAAGGUGCAGCCAGAUACGCCAGCGGAGGAGAAGAAGAAGAAUGCCGGACAAGGCUCCGGCGACCAGGAUGACGAGGCGGAGCUCUGCGAUUUGCACUUCAUUGCCAACUGCCAGAGCUGCACUUCGCAGGACAAGGCAGACAACGAAGAAAGCGACGACGAAGGGUGGAUGUCACACUCGUUAAACUUUGCGGCCGACAGGUUAGGUAAGGACUUGUCUUACCGAAGGCAGGCCGAGGAGGAGCUGGUCGUCAUUGAUCCGCGGGAGAAGGCCCGGACGCUCAAGGAAGAGAAGAGGGCACAGCGAGAAGCGCAGUCUGGGAACUCGGGUCGGGAAUGGGACCAGGCAAGAAACGCCAGGUUAGCAAGGGCGUCGGCUUUGGCAGGAAGAGGAGCCAAAUGA